ACACUGUUAUAUAUCUUGUGCUGACGACGACCAAUCUCCCCAUCAAGAUCCUUCUUCUAUUUCACAUCUUCGCAAUUUCCAAAAGCCCACUUCCAUCCACCCAAGUUGUUUGCACAUCCCAUCACAUCCCACAUCCACCAAGCAUGCCUUCCCCCAAAAUCGCAAUCAUCGGCGCCGGUCCGUCCGGCCUCCUCCUCGCCCGCCUCCUGCAAGUCCACUCCCUGCCCUGCACCAUCUACGAAGCCGAAGCCUCGCGAGACGUGCGGAACCAGGGCGGGACCCUUGAUCUGCACCCGCGAGCCGGGCAGCUCGCGCUCAAAGAGGCCGGCCUCUUCUCCGAGUUCCAGAAACACUCCCGUCCCGAGGGCGAGGCCAUGAAGCUCAUCAGGCCCGACGGCUCGGUGCUCUGGGACGACAAUGGCACUGGCCAGGCCGAGGCGGGAGGACGUGACCGGCCCGAGAUCGACCGCGUCAAGCUCCGGGAUAUCUUGCUGGAUUCCCUGGAGGAGGGGACCAUUAAAUGGGGCAAGAAGGUCAUGCGCACGGAACCAGAUGCAUCAUCCCCUGGCAAGCAUAAUAUCGUUUUCUCCGACUAUACAUCCGAGACCGGUAUUGAUCUCCUCGUCGGCGCCGACGGAGCCUGGUCCAAGGUCCGCCCUCUCGUGACUGACGAGAAGCCCUUCUACUCCGGCAUCUCGAGCAUCGAGCUCUGGGCACUGGAUGUCGACGCCAAGGACCCGUGGUUGAGCUCCUAUAUUGGCAAGGGAUCGUGCUUCCUGUUCGACGAGGGCAGGGCCAUGCAGUGUCAGCGGAAUGGGAACGGAUCCAUCCGCGCGUACGCCUCGCUCCGCGUCCCCGAGACCUGGAUCGAGGAGUGCGGGAUCGAUUUCGCGAACCCGGUUACGGCCCGCCAGGAGCUGGUGGACAGGUACUGGGCCGACUGUGCCGAGGACGUGAAGCGGGUCAUCCUCUCUGCCAAGGACGAGCUCAUCCCGCGCAAGAUGUACAUGCUCCCCGUCGGAGUCAAGUGGGAGUCCAAGCCGGGUGUUACGCUGAUGGGCGAUGCGGCGCAUCUGAUGACGCCGUUUGCCGGGGUCGGGGUGAAUGUGGCGUUGGCGGAUGCGAUGGAGCUCGCGAGGGCGAUUGUGAAGAGGAAGGAGAGUGUGGUGGCCAAGGUCAGGAGUGAUGCGUAUAAUAUUGGGGUCGCCGUGGAGGAAUAUGAGAAGGAGAUGUUUGAGCGGGGGAGGAUGAAUGCCGAGAAGACGAGAAAGAAUCUGGGGCUGCAUUUUAGUGCAGAGGGGGGUCAGGAGAUGGCGGGACGGUUGAGAGCACAUGCUGAGGCAAAGAAGGCAGAGGGCAAAUAGGGGUUGGGGUUACGUACUGAACUAGCACUUUUUUCUCUUACAAGCACUUAUACCGUCACUCAUAUCGUCUGGUUGUCGUCGUUGUCAUUGUAGUCGUCGGCCCUCCCACCCCAGGCUGCUAGCCCCAGGCUGGUAGAGAAUGGCCGGUUGCUCCUGUUCGUCACACCAAGGG